AGAAGCGCGCCGCCCCUUGCAGCACCUGACCCCGCGCAGGUGCCCUCUGUUGCCGUCCCUGCUUUUUCCCAGGCGCCAUCAGGCCCCUGUUAGCACAGGUGGCCGCUGAAGGAGCUAGAGCCCAUCCGAUCGUCCCCCUCCCUCACCUCUGCACCUUGGCCUCCCAUACCUGUCUCAGGUCGCAUAGUUUUAAGUCACUCGUUGGGGCAGGUGUCGCCCGCAUAAUAUGCUUGUCAUCCCAUCCUCCGUAAAGUUUUUGGGGGGUUUUGCCAGGAGGGCCAGGUCACGCCUUGCUAGUAUUUCUGGGGGAAUGUUACACCGUCGAGUUCUGGGCAGCGACCCUUGGGAGGGAGACCUGCUGGCAGGAGGGAGUGGUCAGAGUGAGGAGGCCCAGGAGCGUUUGUUUUCAGUGGCAGGAAGGAGAGAACGUUGUCAGGGGCUUUGUAGGGCAUAGCCUAGGGCCUCCGUGCUGCUGUAGCCACACCCUUACUGGAAGUCUCAGGGGUGGCCUGGGAGUUGCCACACAGAAGACAACAGUGUCAGCCGAGCAAACUGCACAGUGGGGGUGUGCUGCCAGGUACAGGCCUGUGCCUACCCUGGGUCUGAGAUGCCAGUCUUCCUCUCCCCCUAUGGGAGCCCCGAAAUCAGCCUGGGGCCUCGCAGCACUGACCCACAAGGAGGAUGGUCCUCAGACCCAGACCCACUCCUAUGCGGGCCCCUUUCUGGGAAGAUGACAUUCUGAUCUCCAUCUGCUAGAGUGUGGGCACGGGCUCCACAUAUAUGCCAGCGCUCUGCGGUGGUCCCCGGUCCCAGACAACUCCCCGUCUGCCCUGGACUUGCAGCCCCCGGCCCAUAAGUGGGAGAGGUGCCUGCUGGGUCCCUGUGCCCACAGCUCCUGUCCCGCCAGCUCCCGGGAACCUGUCCGGUGUGCGGCACAUCCUGCUUGUGCUCUCGGGGAAGGGGGGCGUCGGGAAGAGCACCCUCUGCGCCCAGCUGGCGCUGGCCCUGCGCCAUGAGGGCAAGAAGGUGGGAGUCCUGGACGUGGACCUGUGUGGGCCCAGUGUGCCGCGCAUGCUCGGGGCGCAGGGCAGCGCCGUGCACCAAUGCGACAGUGGCUGGGUGCCCGUGUACAUGGACCAGGAGCAGAGCGUGGCCCUCAUGUCUGUGGGCUUCCUGCUGGAGAAGCCGGACGAGGCCCUGGUGUGGAGGGGCCCUAAGAAAAAUGCGCUGAUCCAGCAGUUUGUGUCUGACGUGGCGUGGGGGGAGCUGGACUUCCUGGUAGUGGACACGCCCCCAGGCACCUCGGAUGAGCACCUGUCGGUUGUGGAGGCCCUGCGCUCCCACCAGCCCCUGGGCGCCCUCCUGGUGACCACACCUCAGGCGGUAGCAGUCGGAGAUGUCCGGCGAGAGCUGACCUUCUGCCGGAAGACGGGGCUGCGGGUGGUCGGUGUGGUGGAGAACAUGAGUGGAUUCGCCUGCCCACACUGCUCAGAGUGUACCAAUGUCUUUUCUACGGGAGGUGGCGAAGAGCUGGCCAGGCACGCCGGGGUGCCCUUCCUCGGCUCCGUGCCCCUGGACCCCCAGCUGGCCAGGAGCCUGGAGGAGGGCGGGGACUUCAUGCGAGACUUUCCUGGGAGCCCCGCCUACCCUGCGCUGGCCGCCAUAGCCCGGAAGAUUCUGGAUGCGGCACAGGCCCCAGGUCCUGGUUGAGGUGCUUACCCCUCCAGGGCUUCCCACCCAGUUAAUAGCUGCAUCCUGCCAGAGCUGAGCCCGCCCAGCAGGGAACUGCCCAACACCUUCCUCCCUGAUCUGUGCUGGAGCUGUAGGCGACCCUCAAAGGCCGGGGGCUCCUACCGAGACCUUCCUAUGGGCCUGUGUUGGGGGUCACUGUUAGUCCUGGGAGCACGUUUGUGUAGUGUGUAUGGUGCCACAUUAAACGAGCACUGGUCUCCUC